AUGAAUUUUUUUAAUUUGCCAUCUUCAGAAAAGGAAAGUGUGCAAUUUCUUCAAGAAUGCGGAGUGUUGCCAAGUGUACGAAUUUGUCAAAACAAUCACUUGGCAAAGUUAUAUUUUGGAAAAGAAAUAUUUUGGAAAUUUAAUGUUAAGAAAUGCCAAAAAAAGAUUCGAUUUUGCGGUAAGAUAGUUAUUAUUUUCAAAAUAAUAAUAUCUUUGAAUAUCCUCGCCGUAUUCCUGAACCAAUUAAUUAAUAAAACACUGAACGGCAUUUUCACUCACAACUUUAUAUGCGUGUUCAUUGUGUGGAAUCCGAUUGGAAAUAAGGAGUGCACAGACAACCUAAAAGUCUAUGUCAGUGAUGUAUCGGAAUGCCUGUUGAGCAAAUCAAAUAAACAUCAAAAUAACUUGGGUGAAUUCUCGGGGAAACCUGAUCUACCAUACUUCGAUAAGGCAGCGUCGAAAAAUGUGACGUCGCCUUUGGGAAAAACGGCCUAUCUCAACUGCAGAGUCAAAAAUCUUGCCAACAGAACCGUCUCCUGGGUCAGACACCGGGACAUUCACCUGUUGACCGUCGGCCGGUAUACAUAUACCGGCGACCAGCGUUUCCGAUCGAUCAAUCAACCACCCAGCGAAGACUGGACCCUCCAGAUCAAGUAUCCGCAGAUCAGAGACUCAGGUAUCUACGAAUGCCAGAUAUCCACUACGCCACACAUCAGCCAGUACAUUCAUCUCCAAGUCGUUGAACCCCGUACUGACAUUAUUGGAGGACCGGAAAUAUUCAUUGAUCGAGGAAGUACCAUCAACCUGACAUGUGUUGUAUUACAUAGCCCGGAACCGCCGUCUUACAUAUUUUGGAAUCAUAAUAAUGCUAUUAUCAGUUACGAUUCGCCCAGAGGAGGCGUGAACGUAGUCACCGAAAAAGGAACGGUAACCACCAGUCAUCUGCUCAUACAAGAAGCUCGGGUCGAGGACAACGGCCGAUAUCAGUGCAACCCGUCCAACUCACAGCCAAAGUCCAUCAACGUACACGUGUUGAACGGAGAGUACCCGGCGGCGAUGCAACACGGCGGCCAAGCUCACCAGAGGACCACCCACAUGUAUUGCUUGAUAUUUUUCGCGUGCAUGCUGCUGCACGUGUAAGCACGACGACGACGGGUGCGCACAAGACGACGUAGUGCACUGCGCCGGAUGUCCGGUCCGGGUGUCGUCUUCGCCUCAUCCACAUUCGACCCACACAUUCGAUCCGUCUCUUGGACCCGAUCUAUAUAUUUUUGUUAAUAUUAUAAUAAUGACAUUAUUGUGUUUUGUACAAGAUAUUAUUGUCCGCAGCUCUGCACACGUGCACUCACUACUAGACCCACCAUACGAACCCACGAGGUGUUGCUCUGCACGUGCAUUUAGGGUGCACCGUCGACGGGUGAAACGCCGGCGAGUGCGCUUCGAGUGCGCUUCGAGUGCGCGCGCACUCUGUGUGUCUGUGUGUGUGUGUGUGUGUGUGUGUGUGUGUGUGUGUGUGUGUGUUGGUGUGCGUGCGCGAGUGUUUUUUUGCGCUAUCGAUACGAUGCGGGCAAAAAAAAAAAAUUUAAAAAAACCCCUCUGGAUUGUAUAGUAGCAGUUUUAGAAAAAAUAAAAUAAUAUAAUUUACCGCGUUCCACGAAGACCGACCGACCGCCGAGUGAGAUGGAGAUGCGAAAAAAAAAGAAACUGUAAUAUUAUUAUUUUAACGACGGCUUCCGCCGCAUUGCGUCAAAAGCGCUAUUAUAUUUAAAUGUGUGUGCGUGUGUGUGUGUGUGUGCGUGUUUGUAUGUGUGUGUGUGUGUGUGUGACGACGGGUGACAUGGGCGAGCUGUGUGUUCACCUUGUCGAGGCGGGCGAACGCCGUCAAACGUGGAAAUUCAAUGGUUCGAUGAUUAUGGAAACUCUUCCGCCCCCCCCNCCCAACCAACAGCGGUUCAGUAAGAAUAAAAUGUAGAAAAUAAUCCGUACCACACAAAACCACCCCCAACCUUGCAACUGCAACCCUCAACCACAGGCCGCGACCCAUCAAGUGAAGCGUACAUUUAACUUUUUUUUUAUUACACACUCGUCGUCGUCGUCGUCGUUUGAACUUACGCGUAUGAAAUAUACUCAACACGAAUCGACCGAAAUUAUGAAGAAAAAAAAUUAUUUUUCCCUCUCUAUUCCACGCGUCGCAUGAUUGUUAAAAUACGCUUAGGACGACGUCCGCCGGUUAGGUUCCACCAGCCCCCCACCCACCAACAAUCUACUGGCAACGGCUAAUCUCCAAACCCUGGAGGUUUCGACGACGACGACGACGACGUCUGAGCCCUCUGCAAAGACUGCUGGGUUUUUCCGGGAAUUUCUUCCACCCCGUGUAACCGCACGAACGACGUCCGAGCGUCAUAAUAAUAUUCGAUUCGUAUGCCCUCGUGUCUCCCCCGUCAAAGAUGAUAAUAUUGUUGUAAUUUUGUAAAAUAAUUUAUACAUAAUAUAAUUAUUAUUAUUAUUAUUAUUAUUAUUAUUAACUACUAUAAUAUCGUCAUUAGACCAACACAAUAUUGUGUACAUUAGCUUCGCGUAUACGUCACAAUGAUAACGAGUCGUUAUAGUUGUAUAAGCUAUUGUUGUGAACAAUCGUCAACGGUUUUUUUUGUUUUUAUUUUUUAGAUUACCCGACAAAAAUCAAAUCUGUUGUUUGUCCGUCAGAGACGUAGUUCUAUACAAUAUUUAAGUCAUUUAGCAUUAAAUCAAUGUAUCAUAUUAUUAUAUAAUAUUGAACUUGUAUUAUCUCCCAUUCGAUAUUAUAGACUCGCACACUGUUUUUAGGCGACUUCGAAUUUCGAUAUUACGUAUACUCUAUCUGUAUGAUAAUAUAGUUAAUAAUUAUAAUCGGCCGUCUGCUGGUUACUUAAUUUGAAAAUAUGUACCGCCGUUGUGGGUGCGUACCUAUAUAAUAUAAUAUGUGACGCGGACUCGCGAUUAUCUGUGUGUAGAACUACUGAAAUUAUUAUAACGUAAUAAUAUUAUACGGUUAUUUAAACAUUAUCCGAUUAGGUAUUAGGAAAAUGCGCUUCGUUUUUUUUUUUGUUUUUUUUGUUUUUUUUUUUUUUAAUAUUAAAAUGUAACAUACAAUUCUACUACUAUAUUAAAUAUUAUAUAAUAACAAUAUUCAAUACCUAACUGUAAGUGUGUAUAUAUAUUAUAUGAAAAAAAAAUAAUAAUAAUAAUGAUAAUUUCUUCUUCGUCUUUUUCUAUAAACCGUAAAAUGAUAACUCUUACUAAAAGUUAAAACUAUAAGCCUCUGUACGAGAAACGACAUCUAUUUAAAAGCAGGUACCUACUAUGUUAUUAUUAUUAUUAUUAUUAUAUACCUAGCCGAAGUUGUCCGUUAACGCCGUCGCCGCCGCGCCGAUUGGGUACCUAAUAAUAUUAUACCUAAUAAAUAAAUAUUGCGUAUGUUACUAUGUUAUAACGAACACUGUGUUGUACUUUAGGCUUGUUGUUUAAAUAUUGACGAUAUUGAUAUUAUUUUAAAGUUUAAACUAUUCGUUGUCCACAUUGAUUUUGUAUCCUCAUGUGUUUAUAUUAUAUUAUAUUAUUAUUAUAAGUGUACAUAACGUGUAUUGUAUGCCAAUAAGAUAAUAAUUAUAAUAUUGUCUAACCAAAAGAUAGUUAAGUUAUAUUUAUAUAAAAAAAAAAAAUAAUAAUAAUUACAACAACAACAACAACAACAACAAUAAUAAUAAUAAUAACAAUACCAUUUAAAACGAUUGUUACCUAACUGAGAUAAGCUAGUAAAACAAACAAAAAAAAAAA